GAACAUUGACAUCAGUGGUAAGGAAACAUGCUAUACAAUCUGACAGCCUUUCUGACAAUCAGCCAAGGGAAAAAGCUGGGAAUGAGAACCAUAGCUGUUUACUGGGAACUCAGGGAGGAUUAUGUUCAAACGUGCUGAUUCAAAGGUUGGAGAACAGAAAUGGAUAACAGGCCCAACAUCAGCAACAUGCUACAGUUGGAGACUAUUGGUGUCUCACCUGUAUAUGUUUACCCAUUGUUUAGCAUUCUGCUUAUUACCUAUCUGAUCACUAUUAUUAGCAAUGUAGGAAUCCUUGUUCUUAUCAUCAUGGAAAGGAGUUUACAGCAGCCCAUGUACCUGUUAUUCUGUAACCUGUCCUUCAAUGAUAUUCUGGGGAACACUAAUAUUUUGCCUCGAAUCUUGUCGGAUCUCCUUUCAAAUGACAGAAGCAUUAGUUAUGUUGAGUGUGUCACUCAAGCAUUCUGUAAUCAAACAUCUGCUACUGCUGCACACACAAUACUGAUGAUCAUGGCUUUUGACAGAUAUGUGGCCAUUUGUAAGCCCUUGAGAUACUCUUCAAUAAUGACCACCAGCAUGGUGUUGAAGCUUUCGGUAUGUGCUUGGGGAUUUGCCAUACUGACGGUGUCAGUCUUGCUGGGCCUCACCAUACGUCUCAAACUUUGCAGGACACUUAUUGUAAACAUGUACUGUGAUAAUGCAUCUCUGUUUAAGCUCUCCUGCCAGGAUGUGACCAUCAACAACAUUUAUGGUCUGGCUUUCACGGCGGUUCUUCUGACAUCUUCAAUGGGCAGCAUAGCCCUUACUUACUUUAGAAUCGUUACAAUUUGUGUCACCAAGAAAAAUAAGGAGCUAAAUAGCAAGGCUCUGCAAACUUGCAUCAGUCACUUAGUCGUCUAUAUGAUCCUGUUGUGGGCUGGAUUUCUCACCACAAUUUUUCAUCGCAUUGAAAUUGACUCCAGCUACCGGAAGCUUUCAAAUUUGUUGUUUUUCAUCAUCCCAGGAAAUUUAAACCCUAUUAUUUAUGCAAUACAAACAAAAGAAUUAAAAACUAAAAUGAAGAAAAUAUUUAGUGUUAAAGUAACACAAGCUCAAUAAAUUUCUAAUGGAUGCUUAACACCAUCGUGAUUUUUUUUGCAUUAAAUAUAAUUUGCUCUUUAUGUUGUUGAUCAUUGGUUACUUUACCUUUAUUAUACAGUAAAGAAAAUUUAAUCCCAAAUAGUAAUGAAAAUGUUUUUAAAAACUGAUGAUAUAUGGAAAAAUGUAGGAGCAGGGAGUCAGUGAGUGUCAUAGGCAAAGAAAACAAACUGUACCAAAAAUAACUCAUUUUUAUUUUAUUUUUCAUGUCUAUUUGAGGACGAAAAUGUUCCUAAUUGAAUGACAUAUAAAUUUUGUGCA